UGUGUGUGUGGGUGUGUGUGUGUGUGUGUGGGCGCUCCUUCUCAGGUAAGACCAGGCAAGUUACUUCCUUAUUGAUUCAGAUUGAAGUCUCUUCGUGAUGAAGGUCGGGUCGUCUUCCUCCAGAGUCCUGCUGCUGCUGAUCCUCUCAGCUGCAGGAAGUGAUGCGCAGAUCGAUGUCUGCGGCAGCGCGCCGCUCGGCUCCAGCCGCGGCUUUCGAAUCGUGGGCGGUCAGGACGCGGCGGCCGGCGCUUGGCCCUGGCAGGUCAGUCUGCACCAGGACAGCCAUAUCUGUGGCGGCUCCCUGAUCAGCCAUCAGUGGGUCCUGAGCGCCGCCCACUGCUUCCAAAGCACCGUCGCCUCGAACCUGAUCGUUUACCUCGGACGGCUCACCCAGCAGUCCCUGAACCCCAACGAGGAGUCUCGCAGGGUGAGCCGCGUCAUCACGCACCCGGACUACGACGAGGAGACCAAAGACAACGACGUGGCGCUGCUGCAGCUGCAGGAAGCCGUGACCUUCACCGACUACAUCCGGCCGGUCUGCCUGGCGGCGGCUAGCAGCAUCUUCCCGGCCGGGCAGAGCAGCUGGAUCACCGGCUGGGGCGACGUCCGCUUCCAGAGCCCUCUGCCUUUCCCCCAGACGCUGCAGGAAGUGGAAAUCCCAGUGGUGUCGGAGUCCCAGUGCAGCGCCUCCCACGGCUCCAUCACCGGCAACAUGAUCUGCGCCGGGCUGGCCGAAGGAGGGAGGGACUCCUGCCAGGGGGACUCUGGGGGUCCGAUGGUGAGCAAUGAUGGCACCAGGUGGGUCCAGUCUGGGAUUGUGAGCUUCGGGUUCGAGUGCGCCCGGCCUGAUUACCCCGGGGUUUACGCCCGGGUGUCUCGGUACCAGAACUGGAUCAGCGAGCAAAUCGGCGCCGAUCCACUGGGCUUCAUCAUCUUCAGAGCCUCGCCGUCUGCAGCGCCGCACCAGGCCGCCGUGUCCGUCCUACCGGUCCUCUGCUGCCUGCUGGUCCUGUCCUGAUGGUUCUACUGGGUUCUGAAGGGUUCUGGUGGGUUAGUCUACAGAACCAGACAUGAAGUUAUUUUGUCUUUAAUCAGUUUUUGAUCACAAACUGAAUGAGAAUCUGACAAACAUAAUCUAUAUUUCUGGUGAAGGUCAGUUAAUAAUAUUUACUAUUUGAUGCAAACCAAUAAUUCAAUCAGCAACAUUUUUUCUGUCAACUUCAAGUUGUAAAGAUAUGAAAAUAAAAGCACAACAAUGAAUAUA